AUGCAGUGCACGACGGUGCCCACGCACGAUGAAUAUUCAUAUUGGUUGCGUUUUCGCCGCCGUCUUCCACUCCUCCCCUCCUCUCCCCUCCCCUCCCUCUCUCUGUCCCCUAUCCCCGCCGUCAACAGCCAGCGUGGCGCUAUGGAGGCAUCCCGGAAGAGGCUGUCAUUUUUACAGUGUUUCUCCCAAACUCCAUCAGAAAUCGUUUGCGUUAUAAUAGUUUCUGUGUCGCUCGCUGCAGCCGCUGACUCAAUGGCAGAUAAAACUCAGAUACCGAGCAGAGACCGCGCUCUGAAAGGAAGAGAGGAGAAAAUGGCCGUGGCAGUCAAGCAUGCAGUUAAUGGGAAUCCCACUGUGGAGCCUUUUCCAGAAGGCAUGGAGACCAUCAUGUUUGGUUUGGGCUGCUUCUGGGGAGCUGAGAAACUUUUCUGGAAGCUUCCAGGAGUCUUCUCUACGCAGGUGGGCUACGCUGGUGGCUUCACACCCAACCCGUAUUAUGAGGAGGUCUGCUCAGGUCUGACUGGUCACACUGAGGUGGUGAGGGUGGUCUUCUCCCCUAAAGACAUCACCCUUGAGGAGCUGCUCAGGUGCUUUUGGGAAAACCACAAUCCAACACAAGGUAUGAGACAGCACAACGACCGUGGUACUCAGUAUCGUUCAGCCAUUUACACAUCCAGCCCCACUCAACAGGAGCUUGCAUUGAAGAGCAAAGUGGCCUUCCAGCAGGAGCUGGAUAAAAAAGGCUAUGGUAACAUCACUACAGAGAUACUGGAGGAGAAGACGUUUUACUAUGCUGAGGACUAUCACCAGCAGUACCUGAAGAAGAAACCUAAAGGCUAUUGUGGCCUCAAAGGCACCGGAGUCUCUUGCCCCAUUGGAGCCGGGAAGGAUGAGCUGUGAAGGAUGUGCGGUGAGACACAAAUGGAUGAGGAUUUUUUUUAAAGCUAAUACAUCAUCACUUAUCUUUAAUCUUAAUAUUGGUCGUAAUCAGAAUCAGAAUCAUUUUUAAAAGUAUUUGAUACACUGGUAAAAUUGCUAGUCAGAUUGCAGAUAUUUUACUAUAACUUUUAUGUUUGUCAGUUAUGGAGAAUGAAUGUAGUGUCAGAAUCAGCUUUAUUGGCUGCUUGUGUACAUGUAAAAGGAAUUUGACUCCGGUUUGUUGUUGUUCUCAAUGUACACACAAAGAAAUAGAUACCGCUAAAAGGACAUCUGGCUGGACAAAGAUAAAAUAUUAACAUUUGACCACUAUGUACAGAUAAAUGAGUGAACAACAGUUAUCAUCUCAUUAUAAUACAGGGAAACCUUUAGUCCUGACAUUCAUGUGGAUGCUACUAGACACUCUACCCACUCAAACACAGUUUCAGACCAAGUACACACUGUCAUGGCAACAGCACUCCCCAGUAGCAGUGGUCACCCCUCAGCAGGACAGUGUGCCAUACCACACUACAAAAACUGCUCAGGAAUAGUCAGCAAAACAUGCCAAAGAGCUCAAGAUGUCAGCCUUGCAAUAUAUGUGCAAUAGAUUGCAUAUGCAGUUUGGAUUAUGUGCAUUUUAUGGGUGAUUUGAGACAGCUAGUGCUGUUUUUUUCAUACGUGAUUCAUUUUAUUGUGGCUGUGAAGCAUGAAGGGGCGCAGCCUCUGAGUCCAAGACAAAUUUAUCCACCAGGACAAUAAAGUGUAUCGCAUCACAUCACAUUGCACUGCAUUGUAUGGCAUCGCAUCGUGUUGACUUGGUCUCCACUUUCGCUAAAUCCCAAUCCAGUUGAGCAUCCAUGGGACGUCCCGGUGCCUCGAAGGGGUCCUGUACCCCAGAGGUCCUGUACUGUGUGGCACCAGGGCGUUGGUAGCAGAUCCUUGAGUCCUAUUAUGUGAGGUGGGGUAGCAGCACGUCCCAUGGAUACUCAAUCAGAUUGGGACUUUGGGAAUUUGAAACCCAGGUCUACACCUUGAGUUCUUUGUCUCUUUCCCCAAGUCAUUCCUGAGCAGUUUUCGCGUUGUGGUACGGGUGCGUUGUCCUGCUAGUAGAUGAUUGCUGUUUCCUUGAGGUCAAAACUCUGGGGCCCAAAAAAAACAGGCCCGUCCUUGAUGAACCCGUACAGUUUCUGUCCAAGCCUGAUCCGAGCCCAAACCAUGGCAGUAAUUCUGGGCACGAGCCCAAAUAAAAACCUUAAUUUCAACUGUAAAAGCCAAGGGCUGAUGCGUUUCCUUGCACCACUUUGUAAUAAAUGUUUUAACAUAUAUAUAUAUAUAUAUAUAUAACAUAUAUGAUAUAUUUUGGAUCCCCCCUCAGUUGCUCUACCAUUUUUACCCUGUUAAAGGGUUGUUGUUUUUUCUCUGUGAGGGUCAGAGGGAUUUCAUAAAGCCCUCAAAGGCUAAUUGUGAUUUGUGAUAUUGGGCUUUAUGAAGAUAAUUGAACUGAAUUUCUUUUACAGUUGUAAUUCAAAUUUUAAACUUUAAUAGUUUUUAAACAGGGGGUUUCUUUGCACCACAUGGGGGGUGCAUAUAAAACAACAAAAAUUGUUAACAGCAAGACAAUCUUCUGCACUGUCAGACAGCUUUUCUGUAUAGCAUCUGUCAAACACAAAGGCUAUUAAAACUGCUUUACGUAAGACUUGUUGUAGUGCAGGUGUAGCAGUGUGUUGGACUGCAGAAGCAGGCAGCUGCCACAAGGUGGCGUUGUUCCUCAAAGAACACAGUAGAGCCUUAGCAGAAUGUUUGUAUUGAAUUGCUUUUAAUGUGACAUAUUAUAGCUGAGAAACCAUGUGAAUACUUUGUCUUCCAAAAUAGGUUGAUUUUAUUCCAAUCAAAGUUGAUAUUUGUGCAAUCCAGCAGUCUUUUAUCAUCCACCUCAAAGCCAGAACACAGUGACAGUGUUCACACUUCACUGUCAGAGUAACAAUUCAUAAAAUGUCUUAAAUGCAGAUUUUUAUAUGACAAGUAGCUUUGUAAAAGGCAAACACAAUAAUGCCAACUCUUACCAUUUUCAUUUUACUAUCAAUAUCUGAUGUCAAAUAAUCAACGUCAGUUGAGACAAACUGCCUUUUAUUCCUUGAAUGUAUCGCUUCAGAACUAAUAAAAUCUACCUCAUCCAA